ACAUGAUACUCUCCGCGAAAUCAGAGAAAUAACACAGAACUGCAAUGGCCACGCGCAGGUGUCCUGCCGGGGUUUUUAUCUAACAUUUUAUUGAUAAACGAUGGAAGUUUGUGGAUCAGUGAGGAGGUCAAACACGUUCAAUGUUUUUUAACUUAUUGACCGAAGCACUUGUCUGUUUUGCUAUGUAGCUACUGAACUUGCAUCUGAAGCGGCUGACAAUCUGGACGCGCCAAUACUACAGCUUUUUUCUUUUUUCUUUAUCCAUCGCAAGCAUUUAUUUACAAACUCUUGAGUUGUCCUGACAAAAUACAGCGAUUUGUGCGUCCCUAAAUUUACCCGGGUUACUUUUUAAAGUUCGAGUCGCCCUAAAGCGAGCAUUUGGUUUUGCUCGCAAUGACGGAGCGGACUCCUCUCCUGAACUACCGCCUCGUCGCCAGCGUCAAUGAGUCCGAGCUGCGGUCUGCUCCUGCCAGCCUGGCCCCAGAGGAGCUCCCGGGAAGCCCACGGCACGGGUCCUCCCCGCAGCGGCAGCCCAAGAAGCUGUCGGUGUUCUUCGGUGUGGUGGUCCCCACUCUGCUGUCAAUGUUCAGCGUGGUGGUCUUCCUCAGAAUAGGGUUUGUGGUGGGACAGGCUGGAUUGUACCAAGCUAUUCUCAUGUUUGUGGUGGCCUACUUCAUCAUCUCCAUGACUGUUCUGUCGGUGUGCGCAAUCUCCACCAAUGGAGCGCUGGACGCUGGAGGAGCCUAUUACAUGAUCAGCCGAGCUCUGGGUCCUGAGUUUGGUGGCAGCAUCGGCAUCAUGUUCUUCUUUGCUAAUGUGUGCGGCAGCGCCCUCUUUGUGCUGGGUCUGGUUGAAGCCAUAAUGGGCACCUUUGGAAUACCAGAAGAUCCAACCGUGGCUCCCAGUCCACAUCAGGUCCUGCCGUCAGGUUACUGGUGGUCCCUGCUGUACGGCACCGGUAUCCUCUUGCUGUGCCUCAUAGUAUGCCUGGUCGGAGCCCACAUCUACGCCAAGGCCACUUUCGUCAUCUUCCUGGUGGUCAUCUCGGUUCUGAUCAUGAUCUUCAUCAGCUUCUUUGUUGUGAAACCUAAACCGGUCACGUUGCCAAGCCCCUUCAAGCCAUCCAACGGGACGGGCCCUGUGUAUCCCACCACGGCUAAUUUUACUGGAUUCAAGCUGGAAACACUGAUGGGAAAUCUGUACGCUGGCUACGUUGAAGACUACACCACUGGGAAGAUGAUGUCCUUCGCCACCGUAUUUGCUGUGAUGUUCAACGGCUGCACCGGCAUCAUGACAGGCUCUAAUAUGUCAGGUGACCUGAAGAAUCCCAGCUUCUCUAUCCCUCGUGGCACCAUCACCGCCGUCAUCUUCACCUACAUCAUCUACAAUCUGCUGUGCGUUAUGGUGGCCUGCUCCUGUGACCGUGUUCUCCUCCAGAGGGAUUAUAGUUUUCUGAGGGACAUCAACAUCUGGGAGCCCUUGGUCAUCGUUGGAGUUUAUUCCUCUACGAUCUCUGCCUCAAUGAGCAAUCUCAUCGGAGCCUCUCGCAUCCUGUAUGCCUUGGCGAAGGAUGACUUAUUCGGUAAGGUGCUGUGUCUAGCUAAGAAGACGUCCCGCAGUGGCAACCCCUGGAUCGCUGUGCUCAUGUCCUGGUUCUUGGUCCAGGUUAGUAGAUACCAGUUCAAAACAAGACAUUUUAAGACUUUUAGAAGCAAAGAAACAUUUCUUUGUGUGGACCUUGCGAGAAUGUUCAAUGACAGUAAGUGUAUUUUUGAAACACAGUAACAGUUUGGGGAAAAUGUG